AUGCCGAAGAUGGCAGAGCCACUUUUCUUCCUAACCAUGCCUUCGUUCUCUUCUCUUCUCGCCUACGGCCUGGCUGCCGGGGCUUCCCUUGUGUCUGCUUCCCCCAUUGAGACCCGCGGCAGUUGCACCUUCACCACCGCUGCUGCUGCUAAGGCGGGAAAGGCCAGCUGCACGACGAUUGUCCUUGACAACAUUGCUGUUCCUGCCGGAACCACGCUGGACUUGACCGGCCUCAAGAGCGGCACCCAUGUCACCUUCGAGGGCACCACCACCUUUGGCUACAAGGAGUGGGUUGGUCCCCUGAUCUCGAUGAGUGGCAAUGAUAUCACCGUCACCGGAGCCCCCGGUCAUCUCAUCAACUGUGAUGGCGCCCGCUGGUGGGAUGGCAAGGGAACCAGCGGCAAGACCAAGCCCAAGUUCUUCUACGCCCACGGCCUGGACUCCUCCUCCGUCACCGGACUCGAGGUCAAGAACACCCCUCUCAUGGCCUUCAGCAUCCAGGCAAACGAUCUGACCCUCACGGACAUCACCAUCAACAACGCCGAUGGUGACAGCCUCGGUGGCCAUAACACCGACGCAUUCGACGUGGGCAACUCGGUGGGAGUGAGCAUCAUCAAGCCGUGGGUCCACAAUCAGGACGAUUGUCUUGCGAUCAACUCCGGCGAGAACAUCUACUUCACCGGCGGAACUUGCAUCGGCGGCCACGGCCUGUCCAUCGGCUCCGUGGGAGGCCGUUCCAACAACGUCGUCAAGAAUGUCACGAUCGAACACUCCACCGUGUCCAACUCCGAGAAUGCUGUCCGCAUCAAGACCAUCUCUGGCGCCACGGGCUCUGUUUCCGAUGUCAAAUACUCGAACAUCGUGAUGUCGGGUAUUACGGACUACGGGGUCGUCAUCCAGCAGGACUACAGGGACGGCAGACCCACCGGUACCCCUACUAAUGGCGUGUCGAUCACGGAUAUUACGCUGGACGGUGUGACUGGUAGCGUGGCCAGCAAGGCCACAGAGGUCUAUCUUCUUUGCGGUAGCGGCAGCUGCAAGAAUUGGGCCUGGGAGAAUGUCAAGGUUACCGGUGGCAAGAAGUCCAGCGCUUGCAAGAACUACCCGUCUGUCGCUUCUUGCUAAAUUGGUAGAGCGUGGGGAUGCAGUUUUGGUGUUUCACCCGGCUACACACCCCUUGUUCCUAGCGCUCGCUUUCGUUUCGUGCCACUGACAGAC